ACCCUGUUGGUGGGUGUCUGUGGGCGCCCAGAAGGACUCCGUGGAGGGAGUGCCCCUUUGUUGGGCCUUGUGCCACCUGGAGCAGCCUCCACCCCCAUUCCUCGUGCACCACUGCCCAGCAGGGUCUGUGCGGGGCAGGCAGGCAGCCCAAGAAUGUGGUACAGGAUGUGGGGCCCCUGCAAGACUCCCCGCCCUCCUGAGGGCCAGCCCAGGAGGAUGGACACACUGCUCCCUCCCAAGGUCUGAGGGGCUCUUCUCUGACCUAGCUGCUUGCAGACGUCCCGUCAUGGGGCUGGGUGCCCACAUCUUGCAGGGGCUGGAGGGCAAGGCCUCAGCCACUACCUGGGGGAGCCUACCUGGCCCACCACCGUGGACUGAGGCCCAGCCACCUCUUGGGGUAGGCUGCAGCCCCCAGCGGGAAUGCUGGGUGAUGUCACCAUUAGCUGCAUGCAGGUACCCCCCUGCACGUACAUUAACUUGACCUCUUGAGACAAGUCCCUUGCUGGGAUUCAUACGUCAAGGGCUCCCUGGGGCCUCCUUGGGGGGCUGAUUUUGGAAACUAACCCCAGCCCUGCAUUGGGGGUCACAGGGCCUCAGCGGGCCUGCCCUUCCACAGUCCAGGGGGGUGCUGGUGGGUUGGGAAAACUGGAUGGCCCAAGGAACCAGCUCCUUUUUACUUCUCCCUGUGCUGCGAAGCCCUGGGAACAUCCUGGCCGAGGCCUGGGUGUCACCCCUGCUAGCUGCGGUGUGAACUAGCUGCCUUCUGUGGCCUGGACUCCGCGUUCCUGGUGAGGCCCUGCAUGGGGGUGGCGUUAGGGAUGAUCAGAACGGGCCCUGUUUCCUCUCUGGGUCCCUGGGCUAGGCCGCAGCAUGGCCUGAACCCUGGAUUCCAGGGCUGCAGCCCUGGGCGAGGGAGCGCGCUCUGGCCGUCCAGCAGGCGAGGCGCCAGCAGGGAAAGGGCGCCGGCCGCCUGGGCUCCGGGCCGAGGUGCGUGCGGCCCGUCCAGGGGAGACUGGGAUCUGCCCUGCGCUUCCGGGCAGAAAUAACCAGCCAGGCCAUCGACCAUCGGCAGGAAUAGGUAAGGGCGCCUCUCCCAGGAGGGCUGCCGCACGGCGGGCCCGGGCAGUCGGGAGGUCGGCACGCCCCGCUGCCCGGCUCCCGGGACCCACGAGGGCGUGGCCGGCCGCUCUAGGCCAGGACCGGAAGUGCCCGGGAACAGCGCCGCACGCGUCGAUGCACUUCCGGUCCUCGCGGUUUCCGGCAAGCGGCGCUGCGGCCCCGGGAAUACGGCGCUGGCCGUUAGCCCUCGGGCAUCCUGGGAGUCGUAGUUCGGCCUCCCAGCCUCCCUCCUGGCCUUAGUCAAUUCCGGUCUCUUCGCGAGAGAGCGCCGUUUCCGGGAGGGAAGACAGCGAAUGCGCAGAGGCCACACUCCCGAUAGGCCUCGGGAGUAGCGGCCCAGUGACUUGUGGGAAAUGUAGUUCUUCAGGCGCGGAAGCCGCGGCCCUCGGCCGGCAGAGGACUCAGUUUCCCAGAGGGCCGAGCGCGGUGCAAGAUGGAGGCAGCCAGGCCGCGGUGAGCCGCUCUAAAACAGACACCAUUGGCGUUUACUUCGUGUCCCCUUUCCUGGAGUUGUGCCUUCAUUUUGGGAGUCACGCGAGGCCCAGAGGAAUGGAGAUCUUGCCUGUGUUUGACCUGGUGCCGGGCACUCAGAGACACUGCAGGUCUGCCUGGCCUGGUCCUCGGUGGGUGCACGAGCAAGGGGUCACCCUGGGCCAGGGAGGCUUGGUGGGAAGAGGGAGUUGGUGGACGGAUGUCUGUGCGGAGGGUGAGACUGGGCUGUCCUCUGAGCCUGGAAACAAGCUUCAGGGUGCCUGGUGACACUGGAACACUGACCAGGUGCUGGCAGCACUUCUCUGCUCAGCUGGGAAAGUGAGGGGUGGGCGGAGGCGCAUAGGACAAAUGCCCCAGGAGCUGUGGGGCUGGCCUCUGCGGAGCAAGGCCGCUCCGGCUUCCUGAGCGCUUGACCCGCAGAUGCCAAGGAUGUGUCUGCAGACUCGUCUGGAGCUCCAGGGCAUCUCACGGCGGUCAGGAGCACACCUCCUCCCCACGGAGCAGGCAGGCGCCCCGGCCUUUGUGGAGUACCCGCUGCCUGCCAUGCAGCGUGCCUGGCUGAGAGAAGGCGUGCAGAGCAGAGGUCGCUCUCGGCCCUGGGUUCAAGCCCCCGCCCCCCCUGCAGCAGGCCUCCUAGUGGCUUUAGUCAGACUGGCUGGAGAGGAUUGAAUGAGGUGACACGUCAGAAGGACCAGCUCCUGGGCCUGGCUGUGUCAGGGGCUCUGUAAACCCAGGCCCGCUCCCGGGGUGGCGGCUCCACUCCUGCAUGUCUGCCGUCUGGUCUGAGGGCUGCCUCUCCCUCCCUGCCCUCAGCCAGCCACUGAGCCACUGAGCAGAGCCGUGCCUGGCGGGGGCCGUUGCGACCAAGAACCUUCUCCAGCGCUCGGCCCACCAGCCGUCCAGCACAGGCACCCAGCAGCCAGGGAGGUGCGGCGUGGCUGGGGGACGCAUGGCUGAGGCAGGGGACGGCCAGCACUCCGUUGGCUCCGGGGGUGCCGCUCUGUCUCCCGACCCCGUCUGCCUCAGCGACUCGGACUCCGACCUCAGCCUGCUCGACGAUGCUGAAGUGGAAGCUCUGUCUCCCGGGGGGCUGCCCGGGGAGGCCCCGGGGGAUUCGGGCCCCGAUGAGCCCCCCUCGCCCCCCAGGAGCUUCGCCACAGCGGCGGUGCAGCCCUUCCACCUGAGAGGCACGAGCCCCACCUUCUCCCAGCGCAGCCACGACAUCUUCGGCGGCCUGGAGCGGGCAGCCAGGCGGGCUCCGCCCUCUGCGGCCCCAGCCGGCCCUGGCGACAGUGGGGGCUUCCGGCAGCCGCUGACACUCUCCAGCCGGCCUCCAGCCGGGGGCCCGAGCAGGGCCACUCAGAAUCCCGCUCCCCUGAGGGUGCCCCCCGUUCCUGACUACGUGGCCCACCCCGAGCGCUGGACCAAGUACAGCCUGGAGGGUGUGGCUGAGGCCAGCAAACAGAGCAACCGGGCCGCCGCCCUGGCCUUCCUGGGCCCCCAGAGCCUGGCCGCCCCCAGCGGCUACGUGCCCUCCUUCAACCAGGACCCCUCUAGCUGUGGGGAGGGCCGGCUCAUCUUCUCCAAACCGGUGCGAACCGGCGAGGCCCGGCUUGAGAAGAGGAGGGUCCCGAGGAAGGCAGGGGAGCCGGGUGGGAGCCCCCACGGGAUCCCGGGGGCGGCGGGGGGCGAGGGCCCCGUGGAGCUGGCCCACCUGGCCAGGCCCGGGAGCCCGGAGGCCGAGGAGUGGAGCAGACCCCGGGGGCGCCUGCAGGAGGUGGGUGCACCCGAGGGGGAGGCCCUCGCGGGGUCUGGGGCCAGCGCCCUGCCAGGGGAGGCGGUGGGCUUCCACAGCAGCAGGAAGCGGAGCAGGGACCACUUCCGGAGCAAGGACAGCAGCCCCGAGGCCCCAGGCGCGGACGUCUGAGCGGGGAGACCGCCUGGCCGCCUGCCUGCCCUGGCCGAGCUGGAGGGACGGCCCCCACUGUCCCCCCGGGGUGGCUUCAGGGGCGGAGCAGGCCCGGGGCCCCACCCCCAGGGAAGGGAGCCAGCGGGCUGCCUGUCGGUGGCACCAGCGGCCAGGGCAGAGACCUUGCUGAGGGUGUGGGCCAGGGGUUGGCGGAAACCCUGACUCACCCCGUGCCCAGGGGCACAGUAAAGGCUCUGGGUGUUC